AUGUCCCAAGGAGGAGCAGCAGCAUGCAAAGCUGCCAAGUCCCAGGACAAAGGAUGGGCAUGGAUGGUCCUGUUUGCUGCAGUGCUGCUGCAGGGACUGACGCUGGGCUACCCUUCCUGCAUUGGUGUCUUCUUCAAGGACCUCCAGCAUGAGUUCCAGGCCAGCAACAGUGAGACAUCGUGGUUCCCAUCCAUCAUGGUGGCUGUGCUGCACGGAGGUGGGCCCCUCUGCAGCAUCUUGGUGAAGCAAUUUGGCUGCAGGUUCGCAGUGAUGCUGGGUGGGCUGCUCAGCAGCGUGGGCAUGGUGUCCAGCUCCUUCUGCAAGUCCAUCAGCCAGCUCUACAUAACAGCUGGCUUCAUCACUGGUCUGGGAUCCUGUUUCAGCUUCCAGGCAGGAAUAACUGCCCUGGGCAGCUACUUUGUACGGUGGAGAGCUCUGGCCAACGCCGUGGCAUCCACUGGCGUCUCUCUUGGCUUCACUCUGUGGCCACUGCUGUCUCAGUACUUGCUGGAUGACAUGGGCUGGAGAAACACUUUCCUUAUCUUUGGAGGAGUACUACUGAACUGUUGUGUUUGUGGAGCCAUCAUGAGACCACUUCAGCUUGCCUCAGAGUCGAUACCACAGCCCCCCACGCCCGAUACGGAGCCAGGGGGAAGCACAGAAGCAGCACAGCUGUCCAACGGAGCAUCUUCUCCCCACCCCGAGGUGCAGCAGCCCAGCAGGGGGGCUGCAUGCUUCCAGGCCCUGCAGAAGUACCUGGCUUUUGACAUCUUCUGUCAGAACAAAGGUUACCAGAUUUACACCAUCGGAGUGGUUUGGACGAUGAUGGGAUUCACGUUACCCCACCUCUACCUGGUGCCUUACGCCAUCCAGAACGGAGUGGAGGAACGCAGGGCGGCCCUGCUCAUCUCCAUCAUUGGGCUGAUCAACAUCUUCAUCCGGCCCUUCACGGGGCUGCUCUCGGGGCACAGAGUCUUCACCGGCAGGCGCAUCUACCUCUUCAGCCUGGCCGUGCUCCUCUGCGGGCUGAGCAACUUCAUCUGCGUCGUCUCGGCCGAGUUCAGUGUGCUCAUCACCUACUGCAUCAUCCUCAGCGUCGCCAUGAGCGGCGUCGGGGCGCUCACCUUCCAGGUGCUGAUGGACGUGGUGGAGAUGGAGAGGUUCUCCAGCGCUCUCGGGCUCUUCACCAUCCUGGAGAGCAUCACUCUCCUCAUCGGCCCCCCUCUCACAGGUCUCCUGGUAGACAUAACUAGUGAUUUCCACUAUGUCUUCUACGCCUCCAGUUUCUUCCAGAUAUCAGCUGCCUUGUUCAUGGGAAUCAGCUUCUGCAUGCUGGAAAAAAAAAACAAAUCAAAAGAGGCUUCGAAAAUACCUUUGGAUGAUUCCUCCAGAUAUCAAUACAGUGAAGUGCCAACUCAACCACAGCCUGAAAGUCAACCCCCUCCAGCAGUGGUGUGCACCACAAGCAUAUGA